AUGGUGCUAAUGCAGACUGCAAGAACUGAUGCAUAUGAUUUGAAAGGUAGGAGAGAUGAAUCUGUUAGAAUUCUGAUGGACUCUGGGUCUCAGAGGACAUAUGUUACCGAAGAAUUGGUUUCGAGAUUAAAUUUGCAUAGGAAACAAACAGAAGAAAUAUCACUUAACACAUUUGGAGUAAAGAAGCCCAAAACAAUGAAAACAACGAAAGUCUCUUUAAGAAUUAAACUAAAGGAUGGACACUUCAUGAGAAUUGACGCGAAUGCUGUGCCUAAAAUAACUGGGUCCAUACAAAGAAGACCGUUACCACCUAUCAUCUCUGAAAAAGUACACCACCAAUAUAAACAUUUUCAAUUUGCUGAUACCCUACCAAAAACUCCAGAAAAUUCACCUGUAGACAUCCUUAUUGGAAAUGACUAUUACCUCGAUUGGAUGUUAUCAGAAAAAAUUGAAGUUGACCAAGGACUGUACUUACUUUCAUCAAAGGUAGGAUGGAUUCUUACUGGAAGAAUACAAGAAAAUUCUGAGGCAUCCAGAGGUAAUUUACAUGAGUUACUGAUAGCAAACAGAAACAACUUUAGUAAGGAACAUUGUCUUCAUUCGUCAAUUGAUAAAUGUCUGCCCCUGAAAUUUUCGUCAAAGGAUCUGAUAAUUAGAACUGAAGACCAUUCUCAAUUGACGGAUGAUGAAAAGGCCUUGAAAAACUUUCAAAUUACAGAAAAUAGCAGAUAUCGAGUUACUUGGCCAUGGAGAGAAAAACAUUCUAUAAAUUUGAAGGGAAACAAUUUCAAGACACUAGAUGUUGUUCUCAAAGAAGAUAUCCUAGGAAAAAUUGGGCGUUCAGAAGAAUUUUCGAUUUGUAAAUGA